AUGGCGUUUAUUAAAGAGGAGAGUGAAGAUGUGAAGAUUGGAGAAACAUUCACAGUCAAACAGGAAGAUCUGCAGGAACAAACAGAUCUGAUGGUGCUGAAAGAAGAGACUCAUCAACAGAAUGGAAUAGAUGAGAAACAGCAGUUUGAGAAACCCCAAGAAAUAAUGACUGAUGAAAAACCCCCACUGACUAAAAAGACUUCAUCACACGAAAGACCUCGGAAAUCAAAAUCUGGGUGUAAUUUUAGCUGUAAACAGUGUAGAAAGAGUUUCAGUCAGAAGUCAAAGCUUGAUGUUCACAUGAGAGUUCACACAGGGGAGAAACCUUACACCUGCGAACAGUGUGGAAAGAGUUUUGGUCAAAAACAAAGCUUUAAAGCCCACAUGAGAAUUCACACUGGGGAGAAGCCUUUCAGCUGUAAUCAGUGUGGAAAGAGUUUCUGUCAAAAGCCAAACCUUGAUGUUCACAUGAGAGUUCACACAGGGGAGAAACCUUACACCUGCGAACAGUGUGGAAAGAGUUUUAGUCAAAAACAAGGCUUUAAAGCCCACAUGAGAAUUCACACUGGAGAGAGGAAGUUCACAUGCCAACAGUGUGGAAAAAGCUUUUAUCAUGCUGGAAACCUUGCAGCACACAUGAGAAUUCACACUGGGGAGAAGCCUUUCAGCUGUAAGCAGUGUGGAAAGAGUUUCUGUCAAAAGCCAAACCUUGAGGAUCACAUGAGAGUUCACACAGGGGAGAAACCUUACACCUGCGAACAGUGUGGAAAGAGUUUUAGUCAAAAACAAAGCUUAAAAACCCACAUGAGAAUUCACACUGGAGAGAGGAAGUUCCCAUGCCAACAGUGUGGAAAAAGCAGUUUCAGUAAAAAGCCGAACCUGAUUGCUCACAUGAGAGUUCACACUAGGGAGAAACUUUACACCUGCGAACAGUGUGGAAAGAGUUUAGGUAAAAAACAAGACCUUUACAUCCACAUGAGGAUUCACACUGGAGAGAAACCUUACUCAUGCACAGAGUGUGGUAAAAGUUUCCCACAUAAAAGCUCACUCAAACACCACAUGAGAACUCACACCGGAGAGAAGCCGUUUACAUGUGAUCAGUGUGGAAAGAGCUUCUCAACCAAAGCUAGCCUCAAGAACCACAUGAAUGGUCACACUGGAACCAUAGUGUUCACAUGUGAUCAGUGUGGAAAGAGUCUCACUCGCAAAGACUCCAUUAAGAACCAUAUGAAGAUUCACUCAGAAAAGGAUCAUUUUAGAUGCAGUGAGUGUGGAAAGGGCUUUAAGUGUAAAAGAAGCCUCAGCGCUCACCUAAAGCUUCACAGUAGAGAGCAGAGUCCUCAACAUUGAGGCCUUGUCCACACAAACACGGAUAUAUUCAAAACGACAGCUUUUUCACUGAGUUUGGCUGUUUAUUCACGUUAAGUUUAUUUAUAAACUACCUUUGAGAGGAUCACAUGCUUAUGAUUGUCCACAACUGGUCGCACAUUAGAUAAAACAUGAUUCACCAAUCAGAUGAUUCCUAACUCACUAUAAAUAGAGUUUCUUACCUUAGUUAUAUUCAUCUUGAAGAAUCCCCCUCCCACCUUUACUCCCCCUUCUUUCUAGAUUAGGCAACACAGCAGCCCAGUGGUUAGCACAGUUGCCUCACAGUAAGAAUGUCACAGGUUAAAGUCGCUACUAACCAGUUGACAUUUUUGUGCAGUUUGCUCAUUCUCCUAGUGCUCGUGUUUGUUUCCCCUGGGUUCCCUAGUUUCUUCCCACAGUCCAAAAACACACAACCUAAGUAAACAGAACAUUACAUUGGCACCAUAGUCGAGCUCUUAGUAAGCCUUAUAUCUCCCUUAAGCCAACCCUAUAUCUGUCAUUAGAAUAGAAACAAGUCUAGGGAGUUCAUCGAGAUCACUCUUUGCUACAAACUGAAUGUUAUUUAAAACUUUAUUACCUGUUAUUCACAGCUUAUGCAGGUUCUGUUCACUAAAGUAGACUUCAUUCAGUGUGCACACCCGCCCACUCUGUGGUAACAGCUGACGG